UCCUUCCUGUCUCCUGUAAAAUGACUUACCGUCUGGAAAAGGGUAAGUCAUUUUCCUUCAUUUUCUUUCCUUCGCUCCACACCAAAUUUCGAUCGAUCCAGUGGCCUUCUUCCCCUUUUUCCCUCUUUGUUUUCUAUCUCUCAUUUUAUCGAGUCCACGACUCAUUGACGGAGAAGCUGGAAGAGCAGCUCAAGGAGCUGGGAUCCAAGUUGGAAUCUCCUCCAUCCGCGAAGGACGCCAUUCUCAAGCUGUUAAAGGUUCUUCUACAGCCAGACCCUUUUCUUAAUGAACUUACGAGCAUGUUUGAGCGAAGCACUGAGACCGGCUCUGUUUGGGUUACUCUUAAACGAUCUGCUACAUGUCUCUCUGAGAUUGACCAGUCUCCACCAUCAUCAAUAGUGGAAUCAAUGCAGCCUUUUCUUAAUGCAAUUGUCAAGCCAGAACUGCUGAAUCAUCAAGAUCGGGAAGCCAAACUUCUAGUUGCAACCUGUAUUUGUGAGAUAACUCGGAUAAUUGCGCCUGAAGCGCCUUAUAGUGAUGAUAUUCUAAAGGAUAUUCUUAGCUUGAUUGUUGGAACUUUCAAUGGAUUGAGCGAUACUAGUGGUCUAUCAUUUGGAAGGAGAGUUGUAAUUUUGGAGACUCUUGCAAAAUAUAGAUCAUGUGUUGUGAUGUUGGAUCUUGAAUGUGAUGUUUUGGUUAAUGAAAUAUUUGGUGGCAAGAAUGGCCCAGCAGUGACUUGGCUUGAGCUGGUGUGCGGCGACUAUUGA